UCUGGUGAUGUCAACUGUCAUCAUAUCAUGCAAGUAGUACCCCUUUUAACCUCACAAAAUUUGUUUUUGCUAUACGCCAGCUAAUUCAAUACAUUCAUUCAACCCCAUCACCAACCACUCUUUCUCUCUCUAAUAUUUCUUCACCCUCAGAUCUCUAACAUUUUCCUCAUCUUUCAACCUUAUAAAUACUUAUACACUCCGUUGCAUUUAUUCGCACCCACCCAUAUAGUUUUCUGCUAAAAAACAGAGUCUUUUAUGGAGAAAAUGGCGAAUGGGUUGGAAAAAGUGAGUGGGUUGUCAAUGUUCAGCGAGGAAGAGCUCAGAGAAAUGAGUGGGGUGAAGCUUCUUGACGACUAUGUUGAAGUCACGUGUGGGUGUACCAGUCAUAGAUACGGUGAUGCUGUUGGUAGGCUUAGGGUUUUUCUUAAUGGCUAUCUUCAAAUUAUUUGUGAAUGCACCCCUGGUUGUCAAGAAGACAAAUUGACUCCUGCUGCAUUUGAGAAACACUCUGGAAGAGAGACAGCAAGGAAAUGGAAGAAUAACAUCUGGGUUAUAGUUAAUGGCGAGAAGGUUCCAUUGUGUAAAACGGUGCUGCUCAAAUACUAUAAUCAAGUAUCAAAAGCUGCUAAUAGCUCUCAGAGAUCCCAAAAUGGCCGGGUUGGUCACCGUGAUGAGUUUGUUCGCUGUACUAGGUGCAACAAAGAGCGUAGAUUUCGUCUGAGAUCUAAAGAUGAAUGUCGCAUUCACCAUGAUGCUGUGGCAGAUGCAAACUGGAAAUGUUCUGAUCUUCCAUAUGACAAGAUAACAUGUGACGAUGAAGAAGAACGGGGAAGUCGAAGAGUUUACCGAGGAUGUGGUCGGUCUCCAACGUGCAAAGGUUGCACUUCUUGUGUGUGCUUUGGAUGUGACAUCUGCCGGUUUUCAGAUUGCAGCUGUCAGACAUGUACUGACUUUACUAGCAAUGUAAGAGCUUGACUGAGUCUGAGUUCCCAAUACUUGUUCCUAUGGGCUUGCUACUUAUGCCUAUAUAGAAUAUUAGAAAUGCUUAAUUUCCUAAUUGGACAUCACCAGUAUGAGAUCAUCUUUAAUUGUUCUCAUUGACUGGAUCAUAAAUUUCAAUGUUAACAAUUUAUUAUCUUACACAAUGUCUCUUCCAAAGGAUUUUCAUACCUUUAAGGAAAGGAUUUUCUAGCUUCAUA